AUGCUGAAACAGAUGUUAGACAUGGAGUCAGUGAAGAACAUUAACAUUAGAGACAGUGGCGAGAUGGCCGAGGAAGAAGAGCUUCUCCACAAUAAAAACCAUCCACGAGGAGGCAUCAGAACAUUACCCUUCAUCCUUGUUGUUGGGUGUUGUGCAUUAUGUACAUAUGCAGCAAAUGAAGUUUGUGACAGAUUUGCAAGUUCUGGUUUUCAUGCGAACAUGAUAAGCUACCUCACUCUACAGCUGAACAUGCCAAUGGUAGCUGCCUCCAACUUGCUCACAGCCUUCGCUGGAACUUCUAGCUUAACUCCUCUCUUUGGUGCUCUAAUUGCUGACUCCUUUGCUGGUCGCUUUUGGACCAUUAUUGUCGCUUCAAUCAUCUAUGAACUGGUCUCUUACAGUACUCUACUCUUUCUGCAAUUUAACUAUACUGCCCCAUUUGCGUCCCCCAGCAUGCCCAACACAAACCAACUUGACAUGACCAAACGAGGAGUUGCAUCAAGGAAGUGGAACCUCUUCAAUUGGUACUAUUUCUGCAUGGGGUUGGCUUCUCUAAGUGCCUUGACCAUUGUGGUUUACAUUCAAGACAACAUGGGUUGGGGUUGGGGCCUUGGAAUUCCAACCAUUGCCAUGCUCAUAUCCAUCAUUAUCUUUGUGUUGGGCUCACCACUCUAUAAGACCGUUAAACCACAUGGUACUCCAAUGGUUCGUUUGGCACAAGUAGUUGUGGCUGCUGUAAAGAAGAGAAAGGAGGCUUUGCCUCAGGAUCACAACCUUCUGUACAAAAAUUGGGAGCUAGAUGCUGCUAUUUCCUUGGAAGGAAGGCUUCUACACUCAGAGCAAUUCAAGUAUAUCGAUUCAGCAAGUUUAUAUAUAUGCAGAUGUUUGGACAAGGCUGCAAUUGUGACAGAAGAAGAGGGAAGAGAUCCAAAUAAAGCACCAGACUUAUGGAAAUUGGCCACGGUGCAUAGAGUUGAGGAGCUAAAAGCCAUCAUCAGAAUGCUUCCAAUAUGGGCCUCAGGAAUUAUGCUCAUAGCUGCAUCGUCAUCGCAUAAUUUUGUGAUUCAACAAGCACGCUCAAUGGAUAGACACCUCUUUCACUCCCUCCAAAUCCCCCCAGCAAGCAUGUCCAUUUUCAAUGUCCUAACGUUGAUGGUAGGUAUUGUUCUCUACGAACGCCUUUUUGUUCCAUACAUCCGUAGGUUCACAAAGAACCCUUCAGGAAUCACAACCCUACAGAGAAUGGGAGUAGGUUUUGUGGUUAGCAUUUUAGCCACCCUAGUCUCAGCAUGGGUGGAAAUCAAAAGAAAAAAGGUUGCUGCCAAGUACCACUUAUUGGACAGUCCAAGUUCAACUAUUCCUAUAAGUGUGUUCUGGUUAGUACCUCAGUAUUGUCUGCAUGGGGUGGCUGAAGUUUUCAUGGUUGUGGGCCAUUUGGAAUUUCUCUAUGAUCAGUCACCUGAGAGCAUGAGGAGCACUGCUGCAGCUCUAUACUGCAUAACUACUGCCAUUGGGAACUAUGCUGGCACAAUUAUGGUCUCACUGGUUCAUAAGUAUUCAGGCAAGGAUAGGAAUUGGUUGCCAGAUAGAAACCUCAACAGGGGUAGAUUGGAGUGCUACUUUUAUCUUCUUAGUGGGAUCCAAGUUCUGAAUCUCAUUUAUUUUGUAAUAUGUGCAUGGUUUUACACUUACAAGUCCGUGGAGGAAAUUAGUGAAGUUAAGAAGCUAGAAGAUUUGGAACAGAAUACAGAAAAAAUCUCUUGUCACAUAGGUGUAAUAAGUAGGGAGGGAGCAGAAGGUAAUUGA